AGUGCCAGUGUGUCUUUUCCCCGUGAGACAAAAAGAUAGGAUCUCCGUAGUAACCCUGCCCUUCCCUCUUCGUAACAGAAAGAAGACCCUGGGUUUAAGAUAGCAAUGGCGAACCACGGGGAGGCUCUUGAUGCUGAGCAAGAACCAGAAACUGUGAACAACAAACCAGAUGAGGAGGUGACCGAGAAAGUGUUCAAUGACGCUGUCCACGGCGCAAUCUCUCUCCAUCCUCUGUGUGUGAAAGUAGUGGACACGCCACAGUUUCAGAGACUCAGAUUCCUUAAACAAGUGGGCACUGCUUACUACGUUUACCCUGCUGCCGCUCACAAUCGUUUCGAACACUCUCUCGGAGUAUGCCAUCUCGCUGGCUUGCUGGUCUGUGCCCUCCAAACCCGCCAGCCUAGUCUGGGUAUCACCAAGAAGGAUGUAUUGUGUGUGCAACUUGCUGGCCUGUGUCACGACCUGGGUCAUGGACCCUUCAGUCACCUGUGGGAGUGCUUUGUCAAGGAGGCCAAACCAGAGAAGGGCUGGACGCAUGAAGAGGCUUCAGUCAAGAUGUUUGACCACUUGAUUGAAAGAAACAACCUUGAGGAUGAAUUCAGACGGUAUAAGCUGGAUGACAGGGACAUCACAUUUGUUAAAGAACUGAUUCGAAGACCACACAAAACUUCAUCUGGAGACUGGCCUUACAAGGGACGACCCAGAGGAAAAGCUUUCCUCUAUGAAAUUGUGUCCAACAAGCGAUCAGGUAUUGAUGUAGACAAGUGGGACUAUAUUGUACGAGAUGGCCACACCCUCGGCAUAAAGGUUACAUUUGACUAUCUCCGUCUUAUAAAGUUCUCGCGUGUAAUUGAUGUGGAAGGUGAGGGGCCACAGAUAUGUAUGAGGGAUAAGGAAUGCGUUAAUCUCUAUGACAUGUUCCAUGCCAGACGCAUUUUGCACAGAACUGCAUACCAGCAUAGGGUCACCAAAACAGUUGACACCAUGUUUAUUGAUGCUUUUCUGUAUGCUGAUAAACACGUAAAGUAUCGUGGAGAUGAUGGGAAGAAAUACUGCCUCAGUGAUGCCUGUGACAACAUGUCGGCUUACACACUCCUCAACGACAGUGUGAUCCACCUGAUCCUACUAGCUGAAGGAGAGCAUCCUGAUCUUCUGAAGGCCAAGAAAAUCAUAGAAAAUGUCCUUACUCGGAAACUCUACAUUUAUGUGGGCCACACUCAGCCCACCACAAAUGAUAUUAGUCAUGAAGAUCUACUCCGUUCUCUGGAGAAAAACAUUCCUAAAGGAAGUUCGCUUACUCUCGACAAACUUGACAUCCAAGAAGUUAGGCUGAAUUAUGGCAUGGGCAGGCAGAACCCCAUAGAGCAUGUGCGCUUUUACAGCAAGAGUGCCCCAAAUAUUGCUAAAGUCCUGAGGAAGGAAGAAGUAUCAGCUAUGCUGCCACAGAGCUUCCAAGAGGUGUUGUUCCGCCUAGUAUGCAAGAGCUUUGAGGAAAAUAUAUUCUUAGAAGCACAGAAAUUAUUCUUGGCAGCUUGUAAAGAACUUCAGAUGAAGGAACCAUCAAUGGACUCCUGGCCAAGCCACUUAACUCCUGUCAAACGAAAUACUUCAAACAACGGCCAACGAACUGCAAAUGGAACAGGGCUUCCGAUUGGGUCAGCUGUAACAAGUUUGACAUUUGAAACUUAAUGAAGAUUGUUUUACUAGUACCCAGUGUAACAAAGAUCUUUAUCAGUCAAAAUGACAAAUACCUAAAAUUUGUUUUAUUAAAGAUUUAUAAUUUGAA